AUGAAAUUAUCCAAUGCACCAAUUAAAAUGUUCGUCAACAUAACAAAAUGGAUAUUAUUUAUGUUGGUAAUAACUAACGGACAAUUAUUGAAUAAUAAUAAUAAUAAUAAUAAUAACACAUUAGAAAAUGAUAAUGCAACAGCUGCGUCAAGACGUACACAUCAGAUAACAACAAUUCUUGAUGGACUUUUAAAAAAUUAUGAUGCACAUAUUCGACCAAAUUUUGGAGAAGACCCAACAAAAAUAAAUUUUGAUAUAUUAGUUAGUUCAUUUGGACCUAUUCAAGAUAUGGAUAUGUCAUUUACAAUGAAUUGUUAUUUUCGUCAACGAUGGCGUGAUGAACGUCUUCAAUUUGCUGAAGAAGUUGGUGUACUUUCAUUAUCUACACGUAUGCUUGAACGAUUAUGGAGACCAGAUACAGUUUUCCAUAAUUCAAAAUAUUCUUAUUUACAUACAAUACCAACAAGUAAUCGUUUAUGGCGACUUUUUCCUGAUGGUUCAAUAUGGUAUUCAUCAAGAAUAACAGUUAAAGCACGAUGUAAUAUGAAUUUAAAAAAUUUUCCUGUUGAUGUACAAAUUUGUAAAUUUUUUAUUGGAAGUUUUGCAAAUUCAGCAGCAGAUAUCCAAUAUGGUUGGCGUUUAGGAAAUAAUAAUAGUGUUAAUUUUGAUACGAAAGUUUUAUUAUCACAAUUUGAUCUUAUUAGAUUUCCACAAUAUGAUGAAAUUAUUGAUAUGAAUGGACGUAACUUUUCUAUGCUUCGUGUUGAUUUUGUUCUUAAACGACAUAUGGGUUAUUAUAUUUUACAAGUAUAUAUUCCAAGUUCAAUGUUAGUUAUGUUAUCAUGGGUAUCAUUUUUUAUUCAUCGUGAAGCAACAGCUGAUCGAGUUAAUAUUGGUGUAAUGACUUUUCUUAGUCUAGCAACAUUAAGUUUUGAUAUACGAAAUUAUACAGCUGCUGUUUCUUAUCUAACAGCACUCGAUUGGUUUGUUAUUAUGGCAUAUGCUUUUUUACUUGCAUCAUUACUUCAAUUUGCUUUUGUUCAUUAUUUUACUAAGUUUGGUUAUGGUGAACCACUUCUUCGUUAUCAAGGUUCAAUUGAUAGUUUUACGAUAAAUGAAGAUAAUGGAACAACAGCUAGAGAUUUUAAAACAAAUUCAUCGUCAUGUUUUUCACGUAGUCAAGAUAUACAUCGAAAAAAAUCUCAAACAGAAAGAAAAUUAUAUUUAAGAAAUAUUCAAUAUUAUUUACGUCAAUUUUGGUUUUGUCUAUCAGGCAAUGAUAGUUAUAAACGUGCAUUACGUAAACGUGCAUCACGUUUUGGUAUCAAUAGUCGUAGUAAAUUAGAUGGUUUUGCUCGAAUUGCAUUUCCACUUAGUUUUGCUUUAUUUAAUAUAUUGUAUUGGUUCUAUUUUCUUCAUUUACAAAGAUAA